CCAUCAUCAGAGAUACCAUUGAUAUGUGGCGACUUCAACGGCCAUGUUGGGAAUAAAGCAAAUGGGUUCCACUGUGUCCAUGGAGGCUUUGGCUACGGGUCUCAAAACGAAGACGGUUUACGGCUUCUGGAAUUUGCUGAAAGCCAUGAACUCUCCCUGUUGAAUGCCUACUUCAAAAAGAGGGCUAAACAUUUUGAUCAUAUAAAAAAGCGGGAUGCCAUGCACACAAAUUGA